AGUUUUCUUUAUCUACAUCUUUAUCUACGAUUAGAAAGAAACUUUUACUUAUACGCAAAUGAUGGCUUAUCUUAGAAAGAACGGAUAAGUACAUUUUUAGUAAUUGAAAUAGUACCUUUAAUUAUCAGUUAUAAUGAAUUUUAAAGAUCCAGUUUUUCUAGUUUAUUUAAUUACUUUUACAGAUUUAUUUGCCAUUGGACUCGUAUAUCCUUUACUGAAUACACAUUUUCAAGCCUUAGGGGCUUCUCAUACUUUUAUUGGAUUUAUGAGUUCUCUUUAUUCAGCAUUACAAGUAUUCUCUGGGCCAGUAAUAGGAAGUUUAACUGAUAUUAAAGGUAGAUUAUUUAUACUAAAAUGUAGUAUCUUUAUGUGUGGAAUAUGCUAUGGGUUACUAGGAUUUAACAAGUAUCUAGGUUUCAUUGUUGUAAUUCGGCUAGUGAUAGGUUGUGUGAAACAUAUUCAAACUAUAUGUAAGGCAAUAAUAACUGACAUUAUUCCACAUGAUAAACAAAGUGAGGCUUACGGUAAAUCUACAGCUGUUGCCAGUUUUGGUUUUAUAUUAGGGCCUUUUAUAGGGGGCCAUAUUUCUGCAUUACCAAAUGGAUUUACCUAUGUAUGCCUAUUUACAAUGGUUCUAUUUUUUAUUAAUAUUGCUUUUGUAAAAAAACUUGAAACAUCCUACAAAGAAAUAGAAAGGAAUAAAAAGAAGAACAUUAUUGCCAAACGACCAUUUUUUCAACAGUUCAAAGAUGAAGUGAGAAAUUCUAUAUCUGACUUGAAAAAUGUAGACUGGCAUAAAAAUUGGAGCACAUUUACAUUAAGGUCUUUGUUUGGUUUAUCAGUAUCGACUUUUUUCUUUAACCAAUCGUUAAUACAAAAAGAAAAGUAUCAUUUAUCUCAGAAACAUUCCGGUUACAUUACCUCUUAUUUCAAUAUUGUUGGUACAUGUUCGGCAUUUUUUUUAGACUAUAUCAAUAGAUUAAUAAGAAUCAAAGACUCCUGUGGAAGAAUGUCAUUUUUUUUCAGCUUGUUGGCAGUGUCUGUUAUAGCAAUGUAUAUAUCUUCUAGUCUUUAUACAUAUUUAUUUGUAUUAAUCCCUUUUUCUCUGACAUGCACAGCUUUAAGGAUAUUAUCUAUGGAGUUAAUUUUAAAGAAUACAGAUGAAUUCCACAGGGGUUCGUUAAGUGGAGUAAGCAAUAGUUUAAUGUCAAUUGCAAGGUUUGUGACGCCACUGGUUACGGGUAUUUUGGGUGAUAAAUUUGGUGAAGAAUCUGUGAUAUUAUUUGCAGUAAUACCAGCUUUGGCAGGGACACUGUUAUCCUAUUAUGGAGGAAAAAAAUCUUUAAAACUACAUGAAAGUUGACCAAAAGUAUUAGGGUAUGCAAAUAGAAAUAUUUUGUUGUAAUUGUUUAAUGUAAAUUGAUAUUUUUAUGGAUGGAAAUUAGUUAUUGUUAUUGUUACAGAAAUGAAGUUUGAAGUAUUAUUUUAUUUUUUGCUCAGUAAUAAAUUUUAUUUUUUUAA